CUCUAACUACCCUGCCAGCCUUUCACUCGCGCCCUGAGCCCGCACGGACGCCAUGGCUUUCAUGGAGACUGAUGCGGGGAAGGCGCUCCUGCGGCUGCUGAGCCGAGGGCAUGCUGUCGUGGCCGAGCUGCAGCGCACCAAAGAGGCCUGCGACGCCGCGGCGCUGGGCGAGCCGCGGCUCCGCGCGGUGCUGCCGGACUUCGUCGUGUUCCGCACCGAGGGCGCAAUCGACCGAGUGGCCAACACACCGGAGAAGAUGGAGAUGGAUGAGGAGAGCCGCGAGCUCAACCAAGAGCCUGCACAGCGCAUCUUCCGAGUGCUGGCCGCCAUCAAGAAGUAUGCGGCGGAUCUGGUGAGGCUUUUAGACGACUUGGACGCUGGAGCCUUUGUGGGACAGUCGCUGGAAGGCACCCUAAGAGAUCCGCAGGGCGUCUUGCUGCCGGAGGCAGUGGCGUUGCUGGGGACGAUGCUGCUGAUCCUUGAAGAAGGUCUGCCGGGCGAGAUGCGGGAGAGGGCCCUGGUGCUCUUCUAUCGCUGCACCGUGGGCACUUGUGAAGAGCCGGAGGACUUCGCCGAAGUGUGCCGGCUCUUCAAGUCCACCGGCCGCCACGAGGACUUGGCCAAUCGGAAACCUGGCUAUCCGGAGAACUACUUCGCACGUUUCGUCUUGCCGAAGGAGGCGCUGCGCCUGGUCAUCGGCAAGCUGCAGACCGGCGACCUCUACGAGGCGAGUCGCCACUACCCGCUCCCCGAGCAUCGCUCCCAUGGCCUGUCCUCGCAAGCGGGGCUCCUGUACGUGUGUCUCUUCUUCGAGCCCAAGACCUUGGAGUCGGAUUUCAUGGCGAUGCGUGAGAUCGUGGAUCGCUAUUUUGGCGAUAGUUGGGUGGUCGCUUAUGCCCUAGGCUUCACGGCAGACUUGCUGCAGAUGUGGGCACCGUAUCCGGCGGCGAAGCAGGCAUUGGGGCACGCGGUCACGACAAGCAAUGUGCGACAGCUCCAAGAAAGGCACAUGGAGCGCUUAGCGGAUGCACAAGCAAAGCUCAAAGACUGUCUGAUGGAAGGAGUCCUCACUGAGGACUACGUCAGCAGCAAGACGUCACAGUUGCUGAGCCUCUUUCGAGAGGCCAAUACCAGCAUCCGAUGGCUCCUCCUCCAGCCUACCACGAAAGAUCCCAAGCUGGAGAGUGUUUGCCGCAGCAGUGCGCGCAUGCGAGAGGAGGUGUUGGGAGCCUUGGUGGACACCGCCUUGCUUGAAGAGAAGGUCAAGGGCAUUUUGAUCCCUUUGGUCUCCAACCGCGAGGCGGACUGGGCGCGUUUGAAGGAGGAGGCGGCACUUUCGAUGGAUGACUUGGCCUUAUUCUUCUCCGGGGAGCACGCCUUGAAACGGAAGGUGCGGAACGAGGAGUUGGAGGAGUUCUUUCGAUCGUUGCAGCAGCGGAUCGAAGAGCUGAGCCUAAGUCAGGAGGAUUUCUCGUCUUUGGGGCGGAAGGUGGCCCAGGUGGACAAGGCCCUCAAUGAGGUGGCCCUUUUCCAUGAAGUCUCGCAGCAGCCGCAGAUCUUGCACUUCCUCAGUGAUGCACGGCAACUGCUGCAACGCAUGCUGCGCACUGCCAACUUGAAUGAGGAGAUGCUGAGCACCAUUGAGACGGUGGCCGACCUGUCCUAUGCCUGGCACGCCUUGGCCGGUUAUAAAGAGGCGAUGGGGAACUUGUUUUCCAGCUCGCCCGAUAGCAUCAAGGGCUUGCGUGCGCUCUUCCUCAAGCUCGCGUCCAUCCUGGAGGUGCCGCUGCGGCGGAUCAGGCAGUCGGGCAACGAGUCGCAUGCGGCGCUGGUCUCCGAGUACUACUCGGCGGGGCUGGUGCGCUUCAUGCGCUCCGUCCUGCAGGACAUCCCACGGCUUAUCUUCCAGCUCCUGGCGCAACUGGCGCGGCUCAGCAAGUCCUCCACACCCAACUGGCCCAGUUCCCGCGUCGCCUUCGCGGAGCUGCAAAAUUACGCCCAGAGGAGCGAGGGGGCCAACCUGGAGGUGGGUCAGCUCACACGUCGCAUUGCUUUGCUCAUGCGCGGCAUCCGCGAGACGGACGUGGCCUAUUUGGGUGCCAUUCUGGUCGAGCCGAAGGAAGUUCUAGGGGAUGGGCUCAGACGUGAGCUGGCACAGCAGAUCGAAACGAUGUUGGCCAAGACCAGUUUCGAGCCCCUGGAGGCCUCGUUGAAGGACUUGGCUGAGCAAAGUCUUCGGCUUCGGAGCUCCUUCGAGCACGUCCAAGACUAUCUCGGGGUCAGUGCACAAGAACUUUGGCGGAGCCAAUUCAGUCGGGUGGUCCGUUUUCUGCUCCACAUGGAGCAGCAGCAACUCCUGGGCCGCCGCAAAGGUGCCAAGGCGUCCCCGGACCACGACCCCACGCAGCCCAUCAGGUUUCCGGACGCCUUGGGCGGCUCCUUCCUGUCGCGCGGCGUGACGAAGCUCCUGGACGCCACCGAGCCGAGCAAGUGCUCGGGCGGAUUUCGACAGGAUUGGUCCUCCAACUUGGACAGCCUGGUCUUGCAUCGUUUGAUGGAAGCCGUGGGAGCUCCGGGCGUGGCUGCGAUGUCCCAGUUGCUUGCCUUCCGAGCGGCCAUGCGCGUGCGCAAGGCGCUGGAGGGUUGUCGGACCCUGCUGGCCGACGACCACGCGCAGCUGGUGUUGAAGGCGGCGCGCAGCCGCAGCUACGAGGCGCUGCGCCCGGCCUCGGCGGCGGUGGCGCCGCUGGUGGUGAAGCUGGCCACGAUGCUGUGCGGCUUGGGGCAGAUCGCUCUCCUCCGGCGGCGGCUCUCGGCGCUGCUCAGGCUCCAUGGGACCUUGGAUGCUCCACUCAUCAGCAAGUCCCUGGCCGUCUUGGAUGAGACAGCCUUAGCUGAGAUCCUCGAAGACGCGGACGAGUCCGCCGAGGUGGAUGGACCACUACCGAGUCUUUGGGACUUUGUGGAUAGCAGUGGAAUGGCGCAGGAGGGCCAGCUGCGUUUCCGGCGGCAGCUGGCGAAGACGGGCGAACUGCAUGGCUUUGGAGAGCCUUUGCGGCAACUGUUGCAGGUGCUUCCGGAAGACUCGUCUCCGAAUGGCUUGGAUGCACUGCUGGCGCUCAGCCUGGUGCAAUACGCCGCGGAAAGGCCACGAAGUACAGCAAGCAAGAAGGAGGUGAAGCGAGCUAGCACCUGGACGGCGAGCCGACCUGCUUCUUCCCCUGCCGUGCAGAGUUGGGAUGGCGAGGGCCAUGUGGCACUCAGCGCUGGUUUGGCCUCCUUUCUGCAACAGCUGCCGCGGCGGCAGUUGCACGGCAUGUUCGAUCUCUGUGGAGUCUACAUCCAGGGUCUCUGUCGCGAAGAGGCGUGGGCCGAAGGCGCGACGAUGAUCCAAGUCUUGCAGCAAUGCUUGGAGCUCCUGGGCUUCCCCCGCGAGCACCUGGCGGACUUCGUCCCCCACGGCCUGUUGGAUCUUUGGCCAGACUGAUGUGGAGCGCAGACCUGGACAUGGCGCAUAUGCUAGCCAUGUAUAUUGGCCGCAACACAGCAAAAAAACGACUUGGAUGAGAUGGAC